UGUCAAGGGAGCCCGAGCACGGUUGGCUGGCGGAAGCGAGCUGCAGUGUGUCCUGCCUGAUCUGUCCUCGCGCCACAAAACAAGAAAAAACCUUCCCCUAAACCUAGCCGCCCUGGGGACAAAGUUAGAUGUAACCCAAAGAAAAGAACACCUGAUUCCCAAUGUGAUGCUGUCCCCAGUAUGACAUCAUGAAGAAGACCAAGUUGUGUCAUUGAGGAAUGAAUGAAUGGAUCCAUGUGACCAGCCAUUUUGAUGAGAUCUGACGGGCGUCCAAGCUGGCAACAGCAUGCCAUGCAUCAAACGGAAAGGUGGAUCUGCAUCUCAGCGGUACAGACCUGCCUCCGAUUACGACGAUGCCACUUUGGCACGCAGAAGGGAAUACUGGCGAACCCAGAAGCGACAACAGAGAGCCCGGCUUUCGGGGCAAAGAGAGAAACCAGUGCAGGAGAGUUUGGUUAAAGUUUCCCGUCUGAGUGCUCCCGUGGGGGGGAAUUCUACUUCAUCUGUGUCUCAGAGGUCCAAAACCACUGAGAGGGUUGUGACCAGGUUGACCAAUGGCAGCAAAGCUAAAAACACACCGCAACUCAGAUCACACCAGACGACACACAUUACGUUAUGCUCUCAGAAACCUUCACCUCCUGAUGUGCCCUCUCCGUGUGACCUUGCACUUAUCAAAACUGAAGACACAGCACCUCAAAGGAGAAGUAACAAUGCCAACUCUCUCUCUAUACUCCAGUCUGAGGAGGAGAGGGCGGCACGACGCAGAGAGCACUGGCGGAUGAAAAAACGAGAGCAGCGAGCCAAGAUGGCCGCAAAGCUCGCCAAAGCUAGGGAGUGGACGCAAAACAGAAAUGUCACAUCUAAGAGAACUGAAGCUGCUCAUCCUCUUGCAAAGGUGAAAACACAAACGUCCUAUAGGAAUACAGCCUCCAAAAUGGGGAUUCCUGAUGGGAACUCGGGGAGGAAGUCUCCAAAUCUUGUACUGUCCUCUGUCCCUCGAGGGAUCCCCAGAUGCAGAACACCUCGGCAGAGAUUUAUAGAAGCUCAAAGACAUCUAAAACUUAAAUCAUUAUGUCUGACAUCAACUUUUAACAUGAGACACGUUCUUAGAAUAGACUCCUGCGACACACCGGAGCAGAUCAUUGCAAAACAAAGGGAGUACUGGCGGGUUAAAAAGAGAGAACAGCGCGCAAAGAUGACCAUGGAGGCCAAGGCCAGACUCAAGGAGAAAGACACCCUGAUGCGACGUGUCCGACGCUACCAGAACAUCCUGGAGGACAUGAGGAGGGCCCGAGCACUGGCCCAGUCGUCAGGAAGCAGCCUGCGCCAAGCGUCUGAAAUCAUCGGGGGUUUCAUCAAAGAAGAUGGGACGGUGUCUGAUAACGUUCCUCAGUUUGUUCCCCUAUAUCAAAACACAUCUAAAAGUGGUGAAAGGCUUCACACUCCAAAUCCUGUUGAUGCUCAGUGGAGACCUCUUUGUGUCAAGCAGCACCUCCCUCAGGUGAACGUGUCCCUUGCUAGAGUGGCCACUAAAAGCACAAACACAUCAGCCAUUCCAAGUGCCAACAGCCAUCUCACUCUUACUCGUCCUCAAACACAGCAGAAUUCCCUUCUUGGGACUCUGCCCCAGGGUGGUUGUGUCAUGAGAAUGGCCGUGUCAAAUAGCGUGCUCGCCUUGGAUCCAGUAUUAACGGAGGAGAAUAGGAUGGCCAAAAAGCGGGAGUACUGGAGGGUGAAAAAGCGGCAACAGCGGGCUGCGCGGGCUGCCCGACUGAGGCAAAGUGUCUCUGAGGCGAGACAUGCAGCAACACUGCAGAGGAGGAAAGCCAUGAGACAAGAAGCAGCAACAACCACUGUGGCACCAAGCAGGCCUCCAGUGGAACGUCCAGGAAACCAAGCGCCUAUUUUUAACGACAGCCAGCCUGUCACGCCACUUUUAAAUGCCAUCAAACAGGAGCCCACACCAGCAGCUGACCUAAGUCAUGUCCCUCAAGCAGCCAUAUGUCCAGACCUCAAACCUCCAGCCUCCCCAUCACCUCCAGUGCCCCAGCCUGAGCCAGACCCAGCUGUGGCUGCAGACAGCCAGGCUACCACUCUGCUAGCUGUGGCCUCCAUGAAGAGACUGCUGGAGGAGUCACUAAGCACCGUCCACAGUGAGUGUAAAAACGAAGAACCCCACAUUAAGGCUGAGAUUAAAGAAGAGGCUUUAGGGCCUAAUCAAAGUCCUGUGGCUCCCAUCGUUGCUGACCUGACACUGGAGGUCAAAACGCAGCCCCUCUUCAAGGACGACCAAACAUCUCCUCUUUCUACCUCAGACAUGGUCCUCCUGCAGCCCACAUGUAAGCGCUCACCCCAAAGCACUCCUCUGGUCAAUCGGGCAGACACCCCCAGGCUUCGUCCCACCAGGGCAGUAUCCAAUCAAAACUACCGCUCUACAGAGCCACCCAAGCUCCAUCACCUCUGCCAGCACAGUAGACAAAACCAAAUCAUCGGUGGUUGUCGGCAGGCAUUGGACAGAGUGGAGCAGAGCGCCAUGAGCAGUCUGCAGCAGAAGAGGGAGUACUGGAAGCUCAUGAAGAGGCAGCAGAGGGCUCGUUUGAAAAACCAGGGCCCAGCUCUCGCCAUCAAAUCCAUCAAAGUUGUGAAGGCCCCAGCAAAACUUCUCCCCAAAGCCUCCAUCCCUUCCUUUUCUACAGGGAGAAAAAUUCCCACUCGACUGGUUCUCGGGUCCUUGUCUUGUAGUGCCGAGCAGUCAGUGGACACAAUCAAAGUAAAGCCCACCGUCACCAGUGAGCCAUGUGAUGUGAACGAGCCAUACACAACGUCAGCUUCACUUAAGUGGAUAUCCAGAAGCAAUGAUUUCCUCCCGACCCUAAAGCCCCCGGAAAACCCUCUUUCCAGCAUUAAUCUGCACCCUAUCGAACCCCCUGGCCCUUCCACAAACACCACUCUGCGUCCGAUUAAAAUCACCCAGAGCACAAAACAUUUCCAAGCUCUAGGACUUUUAAGCACUGUGGGUCCUCCGAAGCCUCUUCCUAGGGAGUCCAAGGAGGACUUUCAGAAGAGGAAGAGGGAGUACUGGAGGAUCAAAAAGAAGGAGCAAAGAGCCAGGAAGGCUGUUGGGGAUCAGGGGAUGGCUCCCAGGACAGCUUCCAACUGCAAACCCAUCCUGCAGGAUUCCAAUCAGUGGUUGACCUCCGAUCCUUUAAGUGAAGAGUCAGAACAUCUCAUCAGCAAUUCAAUGCAGACUGAGGCCUACUCAGAUUACACAGUGCCACUUAAAAGCGAGCUUUUGUUUGCCAACGACGAGCACCAUCCCGGCAGUGAGGAGGGUUUCAUAUCAGAGCCCACGUGGAGGAACAUCUACCUCAUGGACUACGACCCCCUCAACCAGCUGCUGGUCUGCAUGGUGUGCGGUAACCUUCAGUACUCCCACAGCCUGGAGGGGGUCCGGGCACAUAUCGAGGAGGCACACCCGCACACACUCACCCUGGAGCCCGCCGAGCGACGAUGCAUCUUGGAGGCCUGGGAUGAGCAGGUGUCCCAACGGGAGCGCUUUUUCACCAGCCAGCUUCAGCAGCAUGGAGCUACUCUGCAGGAAACAUAUGGGAAGUGACGUACGUGCAGGUCCCCCCCACCGCCCCAAUCAGAAGAGAGUAACUCUACAUAACUCUACCUUGUUUAUUUAUUGUCUUCAUUUGUUUCUUCAACAUCGCGUGAAAGUCUGGGGCAGUACAUCUGGA